UCAGAUGAUUUGGAAAACUUGGGAGGAAGCCAUCAAGCUGGGAGAUGAGGACUUUCCACAAGCAAGAGCUAACUAGGGAUAGGCACAGGACAGGAGUAGGCACCUCGCCCACUGCUGCUUAACCUUUCAGCUUUUCCAGGCCCCCAAUCCUGCUUGCUCCCAGCUUGGUAAGUAGAUCUGUGCACGUCCCUUUACACCCCACCAUCCAGUUUUGCCCAGAUGUGCUAGAAUGGGGCUGGACAAAGAAGGAGGGGCCAGACUAGAGGAGUGGUGGUAGAGAUAGUGACAGCCUGGGGUGAGGACUUUAUGCCUGUUUACCACUGAGCUCUGGGAAGGAGGCCAGGAGUGGGGCAGGUCAACUGACUGGGAGCAGGGGAUCUGGGUUCCAAGAAGGAGUUGUGUUUGAGGUGGGGUCUGGGUCCUCGUGGAAGUCAGGACUCCCAGGCAGAAAAGAGGCAGGCUGCAGGGAAGUAAAGAGGAGGCAUGGCACCUUCUCAUCGGGCAUCACAGGUGGGGUUUUGCCCCACUCCUGAACGCCCUCUGUGGCGCCUUCCACCCACCUGUAGGCCCAGAAGGAUGUCGGUCUGCUACCGUCCCCCAGGGAACGAGACACUGCUGAGCUGGAAGACUUCGCGGGCCACAGGCACAGCCUUCCUGCUGCUGGCGGCGCUGCUGGGGCUGCCCGGCAACGGCUUCGUGGUGUGGAGCUUGGCGGGCUGGCGGCCUGCACGGGGGCGACCGCUGGCGGCCACGCUUGUGCUGCACCUGGCGCUGGCCGACGGCGCGGUGCUGCUGCUCACGCCUCUCUUUGUGGCCUUCCUGACCGGGCAGGCCUGGCCGCUGGGCCAGGCGGGCUGCAAGGCGGUGUACUACGUGUGCGCGCUCAGCAUGUACGCCAGCGUGCUGCUCACCGGCCUGCUCAGCCUGCAGCGCUGCCUCGCAGUCACCCGCCCCUUCCUGGCGCCUCGGCUGCGCAGCCCGGCCCUGGCCCGCCGCCUGCUGCUGGCCGUCUGGCUGGCCGCCCUGUUGCUCGCCGUCCCGGCCGCCGUCUACCGCCACCUGUGGAGGGACCGCGUAUGCCAGCUGUGCCACCCGUCGCCGGUCCACGCCGCCGCCCACUUGAGCCUGGAGACUCUGACCGCCUUCGUGCUUCCUUUCGGGCUGAUGCUCGGCUGCUACAGCGUGACGCUGGCACGGCUGCGGGGCGCCCGCUGGGGCUCCGGGCGGCACGGGGCGCGGGUGGGCCGGCUGGUGAGCGCCAUCGUGCUUGCCUUCGGCUUACUCUGGGCCCCCUACCACGCAGUCAACCUUCUGCAGGCGGUCGCAGCGCUGGCUCCACCGGAAGGGGCCUUGGCGAAGCUGGGCGGAGCCGGCCAGGCGGCGCGAGCGGGAACUACGGCCUUGGCCUUCUUCAGUUCUAGCGUCAACCCGGUGCUCUACGUCUUCACCGCUGGAGAUCUGCUGCCCCGGGCAGGUCCCCGUUUCCUCACGCGGCUCUUCGAAGGCUCUGGGGAGGCCCGAGGGGGCGGCCGCUCUAGGGAGGGGACCAUGGAGCUCCGAACUACCCCUCAGCUGAAAGUGGUGGGGCAGGGCCGCGGCAAUGGAGACCCGGGGGGUGGGAUGGAGAAGGACGGUCCGGAAUGGGACCUUUGA